GGUUGAUAUCGUCUAACCACAUCCGGUCCGUUAUGUCGUUCUCUGACGUUGUCUUCUUAUUCUCUUUCCUUUCUCUCUUUCUACGCGUCAACACAGCGAGCCACAACCUCACAAUCGAAGAUGAUCCUCGACUUCUAUUCGAAGACUUUGUAGCCAAGUAUGGACGCAAGUACGCGAACGAAAGCGAAAGACUGUACAGAUUCGGAGUCUUCAAGGACAGCCUCACGCGUGUCAGAGCAAACAACGAGGAUGAACCAGACAAACCAUUUGGAAUAACGAAAUUCUCUGACUGGACUCCGGAUGAGUUCAAAUCUAGACUUCUUCGGUAUCAACCUGAUGCUACUGUUGAUGAACGAUCCAUACGUGUGUAUCAAUAUGAUAGAGAUAGUAGACUUCCUGCUAAGUACGAUUGGAGGGAUCAUAGCCCACCGGUUGUUUCCAAUGUUAAGAAUCAGGGUGCAUGUGGUUCUUGCUGGGCUUUCUCUGCUGUCGAGAAUGUCGAAAGCAUUUGGGCACUGCAGGGCAAUCAUACCCUCGUCAAUCUAUCAGUGCAGCAAGUUGUCGAUUGUGAUACUGUUGACUCGGGAUGUGGAGGUGGCGAUACAAAAACAGCAUUUCGAUAUAUACACAAACACGGCCUCGAACUCGCUAGUAGUUACCCGUACACGGCGAGCGACUCUAACUGCAAAUUUCAAUCGAAUGAAGUCGUGGCUCACAUCGAUGGAUACGAGUUUGCAACACGUGACGAAGAUGAACACGCCAUGCAGGCGUACCUAGUCAACAAAGCACCGCUGUCUAUCUGUGUGGAUGCCUCAUCGUGGCAGGAUUACAGUGGAGGCAUUCUUACCAGACAAUGUGGCCGUUUGUUGGAUCACUGUGUUAUGAUCACCGGGUACGACACUGUGAGCUCGCAUCAGCCGUACUGGAUUAUACGGAACAGCUGGGGAGAGACCUGGGGAGAAGAGGGUUACCUCCGUGUCGUCAUGUUUGAAGACAAAUGUGGGCUAGCACAGGAGGCCACGUCCAGCUUUAUUUCUACUUGAACAUGGAGAGCACAGUCGAGCAUUUUGAGUGUUUUUAGUGGGCUUUCUUUUUGUGUAGACGAGCACACUUGAUUUACAUUUUUAUUAGAGGUAUGCGCACAACUUGUUUACACGCUUGUUAGUCUUAUAACAUUUGAACACUUUGAAAACUGCAAUUUAUGCGUUGCUUAUAAAUCUUGGCAGAAUUUGAUGUCAUAA